AUGGAGAAAGGCUUGAAGUGGCAGCCACACUUUGUGCACCAGGAAGUUUGGGUCUUGAACACGGCCUAUAAACUCUAUGGGCCAUGGGGUCCAAAUGUGGCCUUGAAGGCCACACAUGUAGGUCGUAUGGACGAGCUUGCCAAGUGCUUGGCAGUUGCGCCACCGAACGCCGACGUCCGCUUGUUUUGGGCGGAUGCAGUUGUUAGUGUUGAAGGGGAAGAUUUGAGCAAUUGGAUCAGGUUUUUAGGCAAGAAGGCGCCCAGCGAACAGCAGAUUGCCAAAUUUUUAUGGCCAAACAUUUAUGCAGCAUGGCGAGGCGAACUCUCCUCCCGAAGUUUGCACGAGGCGAAGCAAGACUGGUCACCAGACAAGCCCACCCCUGGUGUGACCGUUUGGAAAUACAACCUGGAGCAAGAGGAUGACUGGCCACAACAGAGCGAAAGUAGCCGAUGUUGGGAGGAGUGGCCAAGGGGCCCCACGGCAACAGGCAUGUCGACCUAUUUGCAGAAGUUGCGGGAUGGCGUGGCUGCAGGCAAAAGGGUCGUGGGUGUGUUGUUGGAUAUGGACGGACCUAUCUUAAGAUGCCUCAGUGCCAAUCCGCUUUCCAAGCGUGCCGAUCCGGAUGAUCCACAGGUGCUCAUAACUGUGCUUGGCGGUCCGAAAGGCAUCACAUCAGGUUUUAAGGCGACCGUUCAAGCAGUUUUCGGUUCGCAAGGCGUGGCUAUAGUGGAGGCAUCCUUGGGGCCUCACGAACAAAUGGCACAUGCCUGUGUGGCGCAUUUGCGCUUGCAGGAUGAUGCUGGUCUUUUGCGUGCAGCCAUCACGGACUUGCUUCACUUGGGGCGCUUCCGCUACAAGUCCCUCCUUCGAGCCACUGAAGCUACUUUGCAUCGCCUUUGGCAGAGGCAGUCAAGUAAGCCGCUUUGGAGAGGCCGGCGCGUGAUCAUGAAGCUGGUGCGGAAGCAGAAGCAAGCAUCCAAGCUCAGUCACCGAGCUGACACGUCAUAG